CUGAUUUGUCACACACAACCAGCAGCCCAGCAGUUUCUGGUUUCUGAAAUGCGUGUUGUGCGUUUCCCGACUUCACGUUGACGUCAUGACAGCCAAAAUGGAGCUUGCACCGCUCAGAACGUGGGAUGAUUUCUACCCCGGAACGGAGCGCUUCGGCAAACCAGAGUUCGGAGAUGUGGCAAGGUGGAACAACAGAAUGAUCAGCAAUUUAAUGUAUUACCAGACGAACUACUUCGCCGCGGCCGUGGUGGUCUUCCUCAUCGUUGGGUUCCUGAACCCACUUGGCAUGUUUCUGGGAGGAACAGUUGUGACUUUGGUAUUCAUGGGUUCCGUGUGGGCCGGGGAGAAUCAAGCCAUCAUCAAGAACUUCAAGAGGAAGAACCCGACACUGUUCGUCAUCGGUGUCAUGGUCACCAGUUACUUCCUGCUGUCCCUGUGCGGUGGUGUCAUGGUUUUCAUCUUUGGCAUCACUUUCCCCCUGUUGUGUACAUGGCUGUGUCAGCCCCGAGAUCCCUUUUCAAACAGCCUGUGGGCGUGUGUGGCAUGGACGAGGCCUGGCAACAAGUGACCAUGCAAACAUGUGGCGUGACAAGGAAAACAAUUUCUAUCAGUUCAGUUCAAUCACGUUGCUAUGUCUACUAAUUACAUACUUUGACUUUUGUUACAACUGUGAAGUGUAAUUCAUCACAAAUCAUGUUUGUACGAUUUAUAACAUCAUAGUGUAUUGUUAUUCAUGUAGCCAACCUAGUUUUCUUUCUUUUCUUUUUUCAUAAAAAGUGCCAUAAAAUGGAUACAUGAAUCCAAAUAAUGUGACCUACAAAAAGACUCCCCUGAGGAGGAAAAAAAAUCCACCCACAACACAAAAAGGUUGAUGGUUUCGUUACAUGAGCACACUGAUGAAGAUGGGGAAAUGGACAGAAGUGGCAACACGACAUAAGGCCACCUGCUUGGUCUCACCCUUAAGUGCUAGAAUGGUUGUCUGAUGUCUCAGCGCCAACCACCUCAACUGACUCACAUUUAUUUGGCUUUGUGUCAGAGCCCAAUACUCUGUUUUCUGGAGAACAUCUGCGCACAUGAGCAUUAUUCAUAAGUCAAAAACUGAAGAAGGGAGGAAAGAAGAGGCAAAGAUUUCAUUGUAUUCUAUAUCAAAUAUAGAAUUAGUCAAUUUUUCCUAAAAGAGAUUUGUAGAGGAGAUCUCCAUUCAAAUGUGCGCAAAGACCCUUGAAGGAGAAGAAUGAUUUAAAUUAUUCUGUUUGGACCUAACAUUGAGAUACAAGGACAGAAGGGCUGGUGGUCAAAAGAAGCUGAACAGAGUAUCAAGUCAUUUAUGUAGUAAAGACCAAAAAUACAUAAUGCUGUAUGAAUUUUAAGCUCUCUUCAAGCAUUUAAGGCUUUCUUACGUCGCCAUUGUUUUUUCUGAUGUAACAUUACUCCCUCAAUCGAGUGAAAAGCUCCAAAAGAAAACCCUCACCUGUUGUGUGUGGGGCUGCGAUUAUAUGGCGACGAAGGAACUGCGUGUUGAGAGUACUGAGGUAUGUUGGGUGUGUCGUAGUCAGUCAGGCCAACUGCCAGCUGGUUGCGCCAGUUCCCUGCGCUCUCCACUGAGGACACUGCAAGUUAACCCAAAACAAGAGCACUUUUAAUUGUUAUAUAACUUUGAAACCAGUUUGAUUGUAUGUUUUUUUUUUUUUUUUUUUAAAUAACUACAGUACAUAGAUGGAAAAGAAAUGUAAUAGUAAUACUAAUAACCGUGCUAGACAUUUAUUAAGAGAGAAAAACUAAAUAAAAUAAGAAUGACUUCCAUCAAGAUUGGCUGGCAACCAGUUCAGGGUGUACCCCGCCUCCUGCCCGAUGAUAGCUGGGAUAGGCUCCAGCACGCCCGCGACCCUAGUGAGGAUAAGCGGCUCGGAAAAUGGAUGGAUGGAUGGAUGGAUGAGGUCCAUCAACACAACCAAUCUUGAAAUAGAAUGUGAAGCGCUGUCACAGGUACAAAUUUUGCCCCAAUAUCAGAGUCCAAAAUAGGGCUGUCAAUAUUGAAUAGCUUUAGAAUUGAAUAUCAAUUUUUCCUUAGUUGAAUUGAAUAAUUGGAUAAACAUUUAUUUUGCAUUAAAUUUCAUUGCAAAAACAUUAUUUUCCAAUUACUCUUUGUUAACCAAUUAUUGUUGAUUAUUUGGUAUUGUUUUAUGAUUAAACAAAACCAAAUAACAGUUAGGUAAUGUCACACAAGAGGGAGUGAUGUACUCACCAACCAUUUUAAAAUUGAAAAUUACUUCUACACACCUCUGAGGCUGCUUCAGGUUCAACUCCUUGUCAAUAACAGGUUAUUAAUACUACGGCUGCAAGUAAUGAUUAUUUUUGUAAUUGAUUACACUGACUGUUAUUUUUUCCAUAAAUUGAUUAUGAUUCAGUUACUGGUUUGAUAUGUAACAUGUCAGAAAAUAGGGGGAAAGGCUGAUCAUUGUUUUCCAAAGUAAAGGCAGAUGUUUGUAAAUGUUUUAUAUUCAUUAAACACAAAAGAUAAUCAGUCUGCUUUCAUGAAGGACUACUGAAAUCAGAGAAUAUUUACUCCUGACAGACUGAAAUAAGAAGAUUUGGACAAUUUUAGAGUGACCAAUGCUCUAAGCGAUUCAUCAAUUAAGAAAGUAGUUGCUGAUUAAUUU